CUUGUCCCCCACGGCCCCACUCCCCCUUCCCACGCCCACGCGCCGGCGCCGCUACCGCCUCGCCUAUAAAAGGUCCCGGCCGUGCCCGGCCUCGGUUAAUUCAGGCUAUCAUCCAGUCAUCCAUCAGCAGGAGGCGGGGAGAGUGACUUGGCCGUGGCCCGGGGGAGGGGGAGAGUGAGAGCUGCCAAGGAUCGCAUCGAAGGAAGCUAGGAGAUCAUCCAGCCGCCGGCAAGAAAUUAGGCAGCAGCAGUACGUCGAGGAAGAUGUGCAUGGACCGAGCUGCCGUGCCGGUGAAGAGGGUCUGGCUCGGCAUCGCCGCGCGCCUCGGCCUCCGCCGAAAGACCGGCCUGGGGAAGCUGCGGAAGGAGGUGCGGACGUGCGAGUACCGCGACGUGCACGUCAUGUGGGAGAUGCUGCGGGCGACGGACGGGCUGGUGCCGCUGGCGGAGAAGGAGGCCGCCGCGGCCGCGGCCGUCGCGGCCGCCGUCGGCGCCAGGAAGCGCAAGAACGCGUGGAGGCGCUUCGUCUACUACUGCUGCGCGUUCUGAGAUCGAUCAGUCUGCUGGUGAUCCUAGCUCGCUAUAGCUCCUGAAAGAUCCAAGGUCGCGAGGUUCAUGAACUCGCGCGUGACCAAAAAAUCUUCAGCGCGUGACCGGGGUUGUCGUCGCUCGUCAGGAGACACGAGAGUACGAGACUGUCCUGUCCCCGGGAUAAGAUUGACUGAUUGAGAGACGAUCGUUCGUUCCAGCGAGAGAGCAUGUGUACAUAGGAAGAGAUAUUUGAAGCGCAUAUACAAAAGCUUUGAUCGAAAUUUGAUCGAAGUGUACCCAAAAAAAAAACUUCAAAUCAAAAAAGGCUUUUGUUUCGAUC